UGGAGGAAAUAAGUUUGGAUAAAUCAAAUAAAAUGGACGAAAAAGAUACAGAAAAUAAACAAACGGAUAAAUUAAGUAUCGAAGAAAAAAUUGAUAUAGUGGACAUUGAAGAAAUUAGUCAUGGAAAUCAAAAUGAUAAAUUUAAUCUUAAUAUGAAAACAACUGGAACUGCAGAAGGUAUGAUAAAUUUAACACUACUUACUGCUAAUGGAAAUCAGUUACGUUCCCUGGUGACUUAUGAUACAAAUAAAACAGCCCUAUAUUACAUAAGCUUCAGUUUGAUAAUUUUAUCUCUGAUAUUACAAGUUUGUAUUGGAAUAACAAUUAUUUUGAAGAAAACUACGCCGAAAAGAUAUCUACCAAAACGAACCAAUCAAUUUUAUCUUAUAUGUGUCUUUAUUAUAACAUUUAUUAAUGUUUUGAUAUUUAUUUUUACAUUGAUAAAAAAAUAAGUUAAAUGUUAAUAUUGUAAUGCUAUGGCAGAAUAGACUUUAACUUUUUGAAAUAAUUAAAGGGUUCGUAAAUAU